AUGCCAAAAUUUGUUCAUCGUAAACGCUCUACUAGAAAUACUUCUAAAUUUCAAAGGAAAAAAGCUCUUCGAAGUAUUAUAAGAAGUGAUAAACAUUAUAGAUGGCUUUUUGACGAAUAUUUCCAUGAGGUGGAUACUGUGGUUAUGCUGAGUCUUGUAGCAAGUUGCUCACCUUCGAAACCUGUAGAUAAGCCAUUACUUUUCGCUCACUUAGCCACUCAACGUCAAGACUCUUUUUGUCAAGAUGGUCGCUCUCGAGCGAACUUUAUUAACCUAUAUUCUUUCCCUUUACCUAACCUUGGCCUUCGUAUAGAUUCCUCUAUACAUAUCGGAAGUAGCCCUCCAGUUGGUUUUUCCGCUUACUGUGGUUGCCGAGUACUUGAUGACAACACUUAUCAAUGGUGUGAAGAAUGUGACAGGAUUUACGGGAACAAUUACGUUUCUGCGGUACGUGCUAUUAAUUGUUACACAUGA